CUAUUCUCUGGUCGAGAAGUCGCUGAAUUUCCGCCGCUUCAACAAAGUUCCCGGCAACAGUUUCCUCACUCUGGCACCCUUCCCAUUCAUCUUCCUUCACAAAACCACCGCAGCUAUCCAUCACUGCAAAAUAUUGGCUUCCAUUUCUACCGUAGCAUGCUAGCCAGGCUCCUUUCAUUGCCGCACCUCCGUCUCCUUAAUUCGUCUUCACCCCUCGUAACCCGUUUCGUUAUGAAAACUAACCCAUCGUGGUUAUCAUCAUCAAAGGGAAAAGAGGUUUUCAACCGGGUGUUUCCUCACAAACUAAAGUACCAACCUCUGUCAUCAUCUAAGAAAUUAGGGCUCCCGAAUUUGAUGACGGCAGCUCAAUCACAGUUACAGAUUUCGACAAGGGCUUCCAAACACGGGUCUGAAACUCGAGCUUCCAAGAGCUUAAUUGAGGAUGAAGCUGAGCUUAGUGACUGGGUUAGUGACUUGAAGUCUGACUCGUUUAAAAAAUCUCGAUCGUAUAGCGAAAGCGAUGAUGGUGGCAAUGAUUGGAGGGGCAGUAAGGGUUCAGAUGGGAAGAGGAAGCGAGAUAGCGAUUCUGAUGGUUAUAAUGGCAGAUUAGGUAAUAGAGAUAGAGGAGGAGGAGGAACUAGGGGUUCCUUUCAUGGCGAUUCAAGGGGAAAAGGGCGGUCUGGUGGUGAAUUUGGAAGGAGAGACGAAGGUUUUGCGUCCAGAAGGUUCGAAAACGGUAGAGGAGGGAGGGGUUUAGAUAAUUCGAGAGGGAGAGGACGAGGAGGAGGGCGAUUUGGGGGUGAAGUAGAGAGAAGUGAUAGGUUUUCUCGUGAGGGGAGUAAGGGGAAUCCGUUAUCUAAAGGGAAAGAUAAUCGUUUUCUUGGCAGUCGAAGAGGAGGAGGUGGUAAGAGCAUGAGUAAAAGAAGUUUGAUGACGUCUGAUGAAGACACUGUCAGCGAAGAUGAUGAAGAGGAAGAAAAGAAUUUAACAAAUAAGUUUAGAGAAUUGAUCAGUGAUGAAGAUGAUGAUAGUGAUGACGAUGAUGAUGAAGAUGAGGUCUUAGGAAAUGGACCUCCAAAACCCCGAUUAGAUAUCGUGGAUGGUGCAUCGAGUUCACCAAAAAUUUCUCCUGAUGGAAGUGAAUCCUAUUUGAGUGAAACAAGGUUUGAUCAAUGUGCAGUUUCGCCGCUCUCUUUAAAAGCAAUUAAGGAUGCUGGCUAUGAGAAGAUGACUGUGGUACAGGAGGCAACGCUUCCUGUCAUUCUCAAAGGGAAGGAUGUCUUGGCUAAGGCUAGAACCGGUACCGGAAAAACCGUUGCAUUUCUGCUGCCGUCAAUUGAAGUUAUUGUGAACUCAGCAGCUGUUGGGCGUGAUCAAAAGCGGCCUCCAAUUCUGGUUCUUGUCGUAUGCCCUACUAGAGAGCUUGCAAGUCAAGCUGCCAUGGAAGCUAAUAAAUUGUUGAAAUAUCAUCCGUCCGUGGGUGUUCAAGUUGUGAUUGGAGGCACCCGACUUGGUCUAGAACAAAAGCGCUUGCAAGCAAACCCAUGUCAGAUCCUUGUAGCGACACCUGGAAGGCUGAAAGAUCAUACCGAGAAUACUGCCGGAUUUGCCACGAGGCUAAUGGGCGUGAAGGUCUUGGUUCUUGAUGAAGCUGAUCAUCUAUUGGACAUGGGAUUCCGCAAAGAUAUCGAGAAGAUCAUAGCAGCUGUCCCAAAACAGCGGCAGACACUUUUAUUUUCGGCCACAGUCUCACCUGAGGUUCGUCAAAUUUGCCAUAUUGCUUUAAAAAGAGAUCAUGAAUAUAUCAACACCGUGAGAGAAGGUAGUGAAGAGACGAACACACAGGUCCAACAAAUGCAUUUAGUUGCUCCACUUGACAAGCAAUUUUCACUAGUCUACACUCUCCUCAAAGAUCAUAUUGCAGAUGAUCCCGACUACAAGGUUCUUGUGUUCUGCACGACUGCAAUGUUCACGAGACUCGUUGCUGACCUACUUGGUGAGCUCAAGUUGAAUGUCCGAGAAAUACAUUCCAGAAAGCCACAGAGUUAUAGGACUCGUGUUUCAGACGAAUUCCGAAGAUCAAAGGGUCUAAUUCUGGUAACCUCUGAUGUGUCUGCACGUGGAGUCGAUUAUCCAGAUGUAACACUCGUUAUUCAGGUUGGCAUUCCGGCUGAUAAAGCUCAGUACAUUCAUCGGCUUGGAAGAACUGGACGGAAAGGGAAGGAAGGCCAAGGGAUACUGUUGUUAGCCCCCUGGGAAGAAUUUUUCUUGUCAACCAUCAGGGACUUGCCGAUUUCCAAAGCUGAGUUGCCUUUGGUAGAUCCAGAAACAAAGAAAAAGGUGGAGAAGGCAUUGGCUCAUGUGGAGAUGAAAAACAAAGAAUCUGCAUAUCAGGCAUGGCUUGGCUAUUAUAACUCGAACAAAAAAAUUGGCAAGGACAAAUUCCGACUUGUGGAGCUCGCCAAUGAGUUCAGCCGAAGCAUGGGGCUCGACAAUCCACCUGCAAUUCCUAAACUUGUUCUUGGCAAAAUGGGCCUCAAGAACGUCCCCGGCUUGCGCUCGAAGUAACCUAAAUCGAGAAAUUUUGUUUACUAUUAUAGGUGUCUGCAAACCGUUACGACAAAAUUUUGCAGUUUUUACUGGAAGUAGCAUUCAUUUUUUUAUCAUGUCAAUCAAUCAAAUUUUGUUCCUAUUCUUCAUAUACCAUCUGUUUGUAUCUAUCGAUUGUACCGAGUUAAAAGGUCUUGCUUUCACGUCAUGGUCAUCAUUGUCUGUGCAUCGGUCGGAUGGCAUGCUUUUUCU